AUAAAGAGAGAGAAGAAGAAUAAAAUCCUCUCCUCUUCAGUCUUCGGACCGUUUCUCUAUCUCUCUCUCGAUUCGAAGCACAGCUUGCGGAGAUCUCAAAUGCGCCAUCUAUCCUUUGCGUCUUCGCUCUCUGCCCUCAUCGAGACGUCUGCAGUCUUUCUUUUGUUAGAGGAAUAUAUCAUCGCCUUCUUGUGUUCCUGAUCAUGGUUUGGAGAUCUUUCUCUCUGGAGUUUUGCGACCAACUGGGGAUUGGGGCUUCUGUCUUCACUUCUCAGUUAAGGGACGAUGGCAAGCGAAGAGGGAAAGGGCUUUAAGCAAGGUGAAACUUCUGCAUCUGCUUCUACAUCUGCUUCUACAUCUACUUCUAGUGCUGUUCAGGGUGGGCGUGGUGAUGAGAUUCAAAGACAGCGGUCCUUCCAUGGGAGGACUACUGGUCCAACGCGUCGCUCAACCAGAGGGCAGUGGACGCCCGAAGAGGAUGCAAUACUGCGAAGAGCUGUCCAGAAGUUUAGAGGAAAAAAUUGGAAAAAGAUAGCCGAAUGUUUCCCAGACCGGACCGAUGUUCAGUGCUUGCACAGGUGGCAGAAGGUUUUAAAUCCUGAGCUUGUGAAAGGACCAUGGUCAAAAGAGGAAGAUGAGAAAAUCAUUGAAAUGGUAAACAAAUAUGGACCAAAGAAGUGGUCCACCAUUGCUCAAGCAUUACCUGGACGCAUCGGAAAACAAUGCCGGGAAAGGUGGCACAAUCAUCUUAACCCUGCUAUUAACAAGCAGGCAUGGACUCAAGAAGAGGAGAUAGCACUGAUUCAUGCUCAUCAAGUUUAUGGAAAUAAGUGGGCAGAGUUGACAAAAUUUUUACCAGGCAGGACAGACAAUGCUAUAAAGAAUCAUUGGAACAGCUCUGUAAAAAAGAAAUUGGACUCAUAUCUGGCAUCAGGUCUGCUAGCCCAGUUCCAAGGCCUGCCUCAUGCAGAAAAUCCUGCCCAGUGCAUCUCUUCAUCUGUAGUGAAUCGACAAAGCAGCGAAGAUAGUGGCGUUAAAGACAGACAAGAGGUUGAAGAUUCAUCAGAAUGUAGCAAAGGGUCAUCAUCAGCCUUGGUCAGUUGCUAUCAAUCUGAUUAUGAAUUGGCAAUUUCAGUUCAUGAUGAUAUAAAACUUGUGGAGGCUGCCAAGAAGAAAGAUAUACAAGAUUCUCAGUUGUCAAUGUGCUCCAAAGAAUAUUACACUUCCAUGGAGGAAAUUGAGUGCAUUGUUCCUGAAAUAGAAUGUGAACCUAUGGUUUCUGUAACUGCUCCCUGUCAAAAUUUACAUGAGAUUGAAGUAUCAGAAAGAUUUGCUAACCAAAUGGUCUCACAAGAAUUGCCCAACUCUUUGCUGGAGGCAACCCAGAGAUUACCAGAGUUAAAAAGGACAUCAGAAUACCAUACACACUGUGUUGAAAAUCAUCAAAACAAAUCUGCUUUGUUUCCAGAUUCUGGAGGACUGAAAAUGCCUACUUGUAUCACAAACAGUGGUUUAGAAUCUGAGAACCAGGAUAAAAUUUUGAUGGCUGAAGCUGCUUGCUGUAGUGGAAAUAUUUUUGGGGCAGAAAUGCAUCAAGAUAUUAGCAUGGCAGAUCCUAUUACUGCGCCAAACAUUAUAAAUAUGGAUUACUACUUGGGAUCUGUAAGUUCCCAACCUGAUUUUUACAGUUCUUUGGCUUAUAGGAAUUUUAUUUCAUGCUCACAGCCUCAAUAUCCAGCCAAUUCAUCAGAUAUGCUGGGGAACUCAUAUUGUCAGAGUUUGAUGACUGUAGUUCCUCCAUCUUAUAUAUGUCCAGAUAAUGGAAAACCAGUUUAUAGAAGUGAUGAUGCUGUGACCAGAAACAUUUCUGUUGGAACUCAAGAUUCAGAACUUAUUACAUGCAUGUAUGGUGGUGCUAGGUCUAAGAUUUGUGUGCCUGAAGACCAGGACAAAGAAAAUGAAACUCUGGAGCAAACCUAUAUGGAAAUGAUGGAUUCUGAGCCUCCAAAUGCCACUGACAACAUUACAUCAUCAGAUGAAAAUCCAGCAGUACAGACCGAAGAACAUCAGGAUGCUGGAGCUCUAUUUUAUGAACCUCCUCGUUUUCCAAGUUUGGAAAUUCCAUUUGUCAGUUGCGACCUUAUAUCCUCUGGUGAUCUUCAGCAAGCAUACAGUCCUCUUGGAAUUCGGCAGCUGAUGAUGUCUUCUACACCAUGCAGCCUAUGGGAUUCACCUUCUCAUGAUGACAGUCCUGAUGCUUUACUCAAAAAUGCUGCCAGAAGCUUCAUAUGCACCCCUUCCAUUAUGAAGAAACGACAACGUGAACUGUUGUCACCUUUGCAGGAACGGAGAAUUGACAAGAAAUCUGGGAUAGACACGGAUCAUGUGUUAUUGUCAACACCUUCUAUAAGCAGAACUAAUAAUUCCUUAAUUGAUACCAUGAACGAUGAAGGUGUUGCUCCCAGAAUUUCUUCCUGUUCUAGUGAGGUCGAUGCUCUUUAUCCUUCAGAUCAUCAGAAAAAGAAACAUGAGAUUUGUUUGGAGCAGAAAGAAAAUUUGGACCCAACUCAUAGUUAUCAAAAGGAUGAAGGUGCUUCUAUGGAAGCCAAAGCCAGGAUUUCAAGCAAAGAAACCAAUACCAGUAUUUUUCAAGCUAAGAAGGAACAAUGUGCAACUGCCAUAUGUGCCCCAACUAAACUUGAUGCUCAUGUUACAGAAAAUGAACCGCCUGCUGGAGUUCUUGUUGAACAUAAUACCAAUGACAUGCUGUUGUUUUCAACUGAUCAAGAUGGGCAUCCUGUAAAUGGACAUAUGAGAACUGCUGCUAGGUCUUUGGAAGACCAAACUUUCACAAGUUUUGAGAUUACAUCAAACAAGGGUCACUCAGAUGCUCGAUCUGAAUCUUUAUCUGAUCUUUCUGCCCCCCUGUCUCCUAGAGUUGGUGGAAGUAAGCUGGAACAGCGACAGGUUCCAAUUACAUCAGCACAACGUGCCCUGUCAGUGCAUCCAUCAGCGGUUUCAGUUGAAAAGCAUGGUUCAUCGAUUGACAUGGACCUUGAAAACUUAAACAUUUUUGCUGACACACCGGGCAUCAAAAGAGGGAUAGAAUCUCCUUCAGCAUGGAAAUCUCCUUGGUUUAUGAAUUCACUUCUUCCAGGACAUAGAAUCGAUACAGAUAUAACAUUUGAGGACAUAGGGUACUUCGUGAGCCCGGGAGACAGAACCUAUGAUGCCAUUGGACUGAUGAGACAGUUAAGUGAGCACACUGCUUCUGCUGUGGCCGAGGCACAGGAGGUAUUGGCAAGUGGAAGCCCUGGAGUGGCUUUUGACAAAAGACACUCGGGCAAGGAAGAUUUCCAGAAAGAAAAUAUUCAGUCAGACAAAGAACUGGGAGAUCAUCCUGUGACACCAAAAGUCAUGAUGGAGGCGCGAGUUCUUGAUUUCAGUGCAUGUGCAACACCUGUCAGGAAAACAGAAAAUAAGAAAGUAGGCAAUAUGGGAACUUCAGUAAACUUCUCAAGCCCAUCUUCUUAUCUUAUGAAGGGAUGCCGGUAGCUGGUUGUUGUCCGUUAUGCCAAAAGUAAAUAUCUAUAUUGUGUUGAUGUUAUUAUAGUAAUACUUAUAUGCCUGUUGCUGUCGUCGCUCUUGAUUUGUCUUAUUCUGGUUUUUAGGGAUAUUUUUAUGUGUUUCAAGUUCAAGUUGGUCCUGCAUUUUUCCAAUUACAAGACAGCUAACCGGGUCUUUGAUGAAGGGCCUCAUCCAAAUAUAUAAUGUUUAAUUUUAUGUUCUUCCAUUGAACCA